AUGAUUUCGAAACCGCGUUCCACUAAACCGCCCUCCUUCUGCUGCGCAUGUCAGCCCGGCACACAUGGCAAGCCUGGUUCUCCAGGGAUCCCCGGACGGGAUGGACGUGAUGGAAAUAACGGAAAUCAAGGACCCCCGGGAAUAACUGGACCGGCGGGAGCUCCAGGACUGCAAGGAACAAAGGGAGAAACUGGUAUACAGGGCCCUCGCGGACAAAAAGGAGAGCCUGGGGAGACUGGGACAAGUGGAAACAAUGAGACUCCCUUUCAGACACAUUCUAAGAACUGGAAAGAGUGCGCAUGGAAAAACUUGAAUGAUGACAAAGAUAACGGCCUAAUCAAGGACUGUGUGUUUACCAGGAACUUCUCUGACACUUCCCUCCAUGUUUACUGGACUGGUGCCCUUAGAAUCUACCAGUGCAUUGGUUGCUGCAAACGCUGGUAUUUCACCUUCAACGGUGCUGAAUGUGCAGAUCCCCUACCUAUUGAUGGGGGCGUUAGAUCCCAAAAUCCCCACCGGGUCCGUCAUAUUGAGGGACACUGUAACAACAUCCACACAGGAAAGGUGCGCGUGGGAUUCUGGGUUGGGGAUUGCAGUAGUGGCGGUAAGGUUUAUGGAGGAGGUGCCGAUGCCUACUCGGGAUUUAUAUCAGUGUCCCGGAUCUUUGUUGAAGAAGUUCCCAAGCCUCAGGACUAG